GCAACUGUUUUGACCAUGAGACGUGACACAUUGCAUAACCAAAACACCGGAGCCUAUCAGCAGCCAGCCACCGACUCUACAAGAACAAAGAUGGCAGAUAGAGCUCUCACCAUGGAUGACGUAAAUCCCAAUAUAAGGGACAUGGAAUAUGCAGUCAGAGGCCCCAUAGUAGCUAGGGCUACUGAGUUAGAAAAGGAGCUAGCCAAAGGUGCCAAUAAACCUUUCACAUCCGUAAUGAAGGCCAACAUUGGUGACUGUCAUGCAACAAGCCAGACACCCAUCACCUUCAUUCGUCAGGUUUUGUCACUGUGUGCCUAUCCAGAUAUGAUGGAUACUUGCGGAUUUCCUGAAGAUGUCAAAGAAAGGGCCAAGAGACUGUUAGGGGGCUGUAAUGUGGGCAGUAUUGGGUCCUACUCGGCCAGUCCAGGUAUAUAUGUAAUAAGAGAAGAUAUUGCUAAAUACAUAUCUGAUAGAGAUGGAAUUCCUAGCAAAGCAGAAGAUAUCAUGUUGUGUACAGGAGUUAGUGAUGGAAUAAAGACAAUUCUAGCCAUGCUGAUGACUGGAAAAUUAGGGAAGGAGAGAGCUGGUAUCUUGAUCCCUGUCCCUCAGUAUCCCCUGUACUCAGCAACUCUCACAGAAUUUAAUGCCUAUCCAAUCCCUUAUUACCUGGAUGAAGAGAAUCACUGGGGACUUGAUGUAAAGGAGUUAAAGAGAGCUAUUAAUGAAGCUAAAUCAAACUGUGUCCCUCGGGCUAUUUGUGUCAUUAAUCCUGGAAAUCCUACUGGACAAGUUCUUACCAGACAAAACAUCGAAGAUGUUAUUAAGUUCGCAAAGCAGGAGAAACUUAUGAUACUAGCUGAUGAGGUAUACCAACAUAAUAUAUGGGGAACAGGCUGUCAGUUUUUCUCCUUUAAGAAAGUCCUGUCAGAAAUGGGCCCUGAGUACAAUA